UAUAUUUGAUUAAACAAUAACUUCAUAUGCCUCCUUACUGCGGGCUGGAUUGAUGUUUGGAAUUUUCCGUUUGGAGUAACUAAUUUGUGUCUUUUCAGGAAAUAAAUAUUACAUAGUUUUAUCAUUUGGCGACAAUAACAUUAUCAAUCUCGGUAAGGUUCUUUUAUGAUAAGGUCGCCUCAGGAGCAAAGGCAAAUCGCACAAACCACCACCACCAACCACCUCCUCCUCCUCCUCCUCCUCCUUCAGUGACCCCCGUGACACUACCGUACAUGGCUUGCGGUAGCCGUCGGCCGAGAGAAAAUGGGGGUGCCGAGCUAGAUGUCGGGACUGGACCUCGUCUUGAUAGUCCUCACUUCUUCAAGAUCAUUCUCUCCGACACCCUUCAAUCUGGGAAGCUCGGAAUUCCGAAAAAAUUCUUGGGAAGAUAUGGAAAGGAUCUCCCAAGCUUGGUGCUACUCAAGGUUCCGGGCAGCUCGACUUGGAGAAUUGGAGUAGAAAAGCCUAACGACGGCACGGCUUGGUUGUGGAAAGGGUGGCGAGAAUUUAUGCAGUAUUACUCUGUUGGUCAUGGUCACCUCAUAGUUUUCAAAUAUGAAGGAAUCUCCAGUUUUCACGUGAUGAUAUUUGAUAAGAGUGCUUCGGAGAUUGAUUAUUCGUCGAGCUGCAUAUCGAACCUCAGGAGUGGAUUUAUCUCGCCGAAGAGGGAGGAUGUGGUAGAACUUGAAGAUUCGAAGGAUUGCACUCCUCGUCAAAAAAUGAGGGUCGAACCUCAUUCACCAUGUUCUCAGUCGAGUCCAAGCUGCUCAUCACAAGAUCUCGAAGAAGGGAUCGGACAUUCUAGAUGCAGAGUGAGCCAUCCUGAGUGGAAUGGCCUGACAAGUUCGCGUCCUCUUCCUAGUUUUGAAUUUGCCAGCGAAUUUGACUCAGAGUAUCCUUUUUUCAAGGUGGUGAUCCGGCCAUCUUAUAUUGGACAUGGUACACUGAAUGUUCCUCGUGGUUUCAUCAGACAGCACAUCCGGAAAAUGAAGGAACUCGCAACGCUUACGCAUUCAGACAGAACAUGGCCGGUGAAGCUUAGGAGCUAUCCAAAUGCAGCGGCAUUCUCUUCUGGUUGGAUGGCAUUUGUGAGAGGAACUCGCUUGCGUGUAGGAAAUGUCUGCGUGUUCGAGCUAAUUGAUAGAGAUGACAUUGUAUUCAGAGUCUACGUUAUCAGCAGUGCAGACAGGAACAAAUGGUCUAGAUGCAGAAUGAACCAUUCUGAGCCGGUAUUUCGUGGUCCUACUCUUCCGAGGCCUCUCAGGACUACUGAGUUAGCCAGCGAAUUUGGUUUGGAGCAUCCCUUCUUCAAAAUGGUGAUACGACGGUCUCAUUUUAGGACAUUGCGUGUUCCCGGCAAAUUCGUCCGGCAGCAUAUUGAAGAAAACAAGAAAACAGCAACUCUUACGUAUUCAGACAGAUCAUGGGCAGUGAAUCUCUCAAGAUAUAAGCGGGACGCCCGCUUGUUGUUCUCUGCUGGGUGGCCUGUGUUUGCAAGAGAAGCUCAUUUGCGUGUAGGAAAUGCCUGCGUUUUUGAGCUUAUUGACAGGGAUGAUGUUAUGUUCAAAGUCUCCAUCUUAAAUAAUGGUGACGAGCGCGAGAUUCACCUCGAUUGA